UUCUUUCGAAAUUCAAGAUGGCGGCGUUGACGCGCGCUGGAAGUUUACCUUCUAUUUGUAGAAAAUGCGCUGGGUUAACGAACAGAUUUUGGCUUCGAUCUCCACAGGCCAGUGCAGUAAGUGUUAUCCCUGUCAGAUGGUUGAACCUCCAGGAAUUCCAGAGCAAGAAAUUAAUGGCUGAUAAUGGUCUUCAUGUGCAGAGAUUUAAAGUUGCAGAAAAUGCAAAAGAAGCAGUUGACAUUGCUAAGGAAUUAAAUGCAAAAGAAUUUGUACUAAAGGCGCAAAUCCUUGCUGGUGGCAGAGGAAAAGGGACAUUCACAAGUGGCCUACAGGGUGGUGUUCAUUUGACAACAGACCCAGACAAAAUUGGAAAAUUAACAGAACAAAUGGUGGGUUACAACUUAACAACCAAACAAACACCACCAGAAGGAGUGCUGGUAAAAAAGGUAAUGGUUGCAGAGAGUUAUGAUAUCGCACGUGAGACAUACCUGGCCAUUUUAAUGGACAGAAGCUAUCAGGGACCUGUCAUUGUCGGCAGUCCUAAGGGUGGAGUGGACAUCGAAGAAGUUGCCAAGAAUACGCCAGAACAUAUACACAAGGUGGCCGUUAACAUAUUCAAAGGAAUCCAAGACAAAGACGCCAGAUAUCUUGCAGAGAAAUUGGAAUUUAAAGGGCCUCUGUUAGAACAAGCUGUGGAGCAGAUAAAGUUACUCUAUGAACUCUUCCUUAAAGUUGAUGCUACACAAGUAGAAAUCAAUCCAUUUGGAGAAACACCUGAUGGCAAAGUUGUCUGCUUUGAUGCCAAGUUCAACUUUGAUGACUGUGCCAGGUUCCGACAGAAAGAAGUGUUUGCUAUGGAUGAUCAGAGUGAAAGUGACCCUCGAGAAGUGGAAGCUGGAAAAUAUGACCUCAAUUACAUUGGUCUAGAUGGAGACAUUGCUUGCCUAGUGAAUGGUGCUGGCUUAGCUAUGGCAACAAUGGACAUUAUCAAACUUCACGGGGGUACCCCAGCUAAUUUCUUAGAUCUUGGGGGUGGGGUACAGGAGGAAGGUGUGUUUCAAGCCUUCAACAUUGUAACAAAGGAUCCUAGAGUGAAGUCGAUUUUAGUGAAUAUUUUCGGUGGGAUUGUUGACUGCUCCAUUGUCGCAAACGGAAUCACUUCGGCUUACAAAAGACUCAAUGUAAAUGUCCCUGUCGUAGUACGGUUAGAAGGCAGAAAUGUGGAAAGCGCCAAACGCAUUCUUACCGAGAGUGGAAUGCCGCUCAUUGUAGCAGAUGAUAUGGACGACGCAGCUAGAAAGGCCGUCAUAAGCCUUGUGGACUGAUACAAUACUGAUGAAAACUGUGAAUAAGACUUUGCAGGAGCUACUUGACUGGUAGCGCCACGUGAAAAUUUGAGCCGAAAGUUUUCAAAUCCGUCACAAUCUUUCUCAAUCUUAGCCAGCCGUAUUCCUUUUUGUUUUGUUUUUUUAUUGUUAUUACUUCAUUAAUAGCUUUGUACUCUACUCAACUAUCAUUUUGAGGAAAUGGCGCCAAUUUGAAGGACAUUUGUACACUGAAAAAAGUUACAUCUCUACAUAGAUGGCUCCUUUAACAAUCCAACGACGAAGAAGGAUGAAUUCUUGGUUAUAUUAUCCGAAUUAGAAGAUAUGAACGACAGCAUCCAAGAACUGUAUAGCAGUAAUAUAAUGUCCGAACGUCGCGAAUUAAUUCGCCUUCGUUGGUUUCUUCCCAAGAAGAGCGACUUUUUAAUCAAUCCUGUUGUAGGAAAAACAACAAAUUUGCUGUGCAAAUGAAAAGGAGUUUUUGAAGGCAUCCACGAGAAAAACGCUUUUUAUCCUACAGUGUAACGACACUGCAUUUUAUACCAUGUCUUAGAAAAUACAGUCAAUCAGAAUACUGGA